UUGUACAGACAGGGCAGGGCAGGGCAGGGCAGGGCGUUGCUCUGACACCUUUGGAUGCCACGGCAACAAUUGCGUUGGAAAGGCGCUCGCUCGCUCACACGGUGAGACCAGACGACGCAAAGGAGACCGACGAUUUCACAGGGGAAAGAUGGCUCUGGAUGCCGAGAGCAAGGCGCUGCUGUUGAAAACGCUAAAAGACCUGGGGGACGGCGACUUCAAGGAGUUCAAGUUUUAUAUGGAUCUGGCUAAGAGAAAAAAAGAAAACGCAGACCGGACUGACAUCGCCGAAGAGCUGGUGAACAGGUACGGCAAUAACGCUGUGGCGGAGACCAUCAAGAUUCUGGAGAAGAUCGAAAACUAUGAACUGGCCAAGAAGCUGCAAAUCAAAGGUGGCACCCGUGCGCCCUCAGAUAGCAUCUCCUUAGAGGUCCAGAUAGGCGAAUUCAAGCGGGAGCUGCAAGAGAACCUGCGGGCCAUGUAUUGGAAGGCUCCCGAGGGCAACACAGAGCGCAGCCGGCAGGAGGCUCUGGAGAGCGUCUACACCAAGCUCCACGUUAGCCGCGGCGUCACCGGUCACCCCGACAAGCAGCACGAAGUCCUCCAGAUGGAGAUGUGCGGCCAAGACGAGGAGGAGGAGGAGUCCAUCGAGCCGUGCGACAUCUUCAAAAGCGAGAUGCCCCUUCGCACCAUGGUCACCGUGGGCUUUGCGGGCAUCGGGAAGACCUUCCUGGUGCGCAAGUUUGUCCUGGACUGGGCCAACGGGACAACCAACACAGACGUGGACUUCAUCUUUCCCUUGCCCUUCCGCGAGUUGAACUUGGAGGAGGGGAAAAGCUUUUCGCUGGCAGAGCUCAUCCAGCACUUCAUGUGCGAAAGCAAGGCGGCCAUCGAGAUGCUGCAGGACAUCUUGGUCAGGAUGCAAGAUUUGGGCAAGCGCACCUACCAAAGCAGCAGCGUCAAGAUUUUGUUUGUGCUGGACGGCUUUGACGAGUGCCACCUCAAACUGGACCUGAGCGACGAGCGCAAGGAGCGCCUGGAUGUGACCCGUGCGUACCCCGUGGAGGUCCUCCUGGCGCAUCUCAUCAAGGGGAACCUGCUUCCCUGCGCCAGGCUUUGGAUCACCACGCGGCCCCAGGCGGCCCGCGACAUCCCGGCGCGCCUGGUGGACGGCAGAACCGAAGUGAAAGGCUUCAGCCGCUCCCAGAGGCUGGACUACUUCAGGAAGAGGUUCCCCGAUGACGAGGAGGACGUCAUCAAGCACAUCCAAAAGUCCCACAGCAUUUUAAUCAUGUGCCACAUGCCCAUCUUCUGCUGUCUCACCGCCACCCUUCUCCGAGAUUAUCUGGAGCACAAAAAGGAGCUGCCCGAAACCCUGACCGAGAUGUACACAGAGUUCCUACUCUAUCACCUGGGCAGGUCCGAGGAGCGAGGCGGCCAGAAGAGCACGGCGUACGUCAAAGCGCUGGCCAAGAUGGCUUUUCAGGGUCUCAUAAAAAAGCAACAGAUCUUCGACGAGAGCGACUUGCGGGAAAGCGGCUUGGAUGCCCCGCAGGUCGCAAAACACUCGGGAGUCUUCACCGAGAUCUUCGAGGAGGUACCCCCGCUCACGAAAUACCAACGCGGCAAGAUGUUUCAGUUCAUCCACCUGAGCAUCCAGGAAUAUCUGGCCGCUCUCUACGUGAUGAUGAGCCUGUUCCAGGACAACAAGAACGUGCUGGGGGAGCUCCCGUUGCAUUCCGAGCAGACGCCGCUCGUUCAAGUCCACGAGGCGGCCAUCCACAAAGCCUCAGAAAGUGAGGGAAACCUGGACUUGUUCAUCCGCUUCUUGGUGGGCCUCUCCUUGCAGUGCAACCAGGAGCUCAUGGGCGAGCUGCUGAAGGCUCCCAAGAACUUCAGCCACAGCAACGCAGAAACGGUCCGCUUGAUCGAGCAACAGAUAGAUAAGAACUCUCCUGAGGAGAACAUCAACUUGUUCCACUGCCUGAAAGAGCUGAAGGACGAGUCCCUGAUGGAGCAGCUCCAAAGGUACUUCAGCGCAUUCCGGUCCAACCCUGAGAACGUACCUCCGGCCAUGUGGUCGGCCCUGGUCUUCUUCUUGCGGGCCUCCGACAAAGAAAUGAGCUGCUUUGAACUUGGGGAUUACGCUCGGUCCGACAAGGGGCUCCUGAUGCUGCUGCCGGUGGUCAAGGCUUCUCAAAAAUCAUGGCUCCAGUACUGCAGGCUGAGCAAGAAAAGCUGCAAGGCGCUGGCCUCCGUUCUAAGCUCGCCCUGCAGCCUGAGGGAGCUGAAUCUCAGCGACAACGACUUGGGUGACGACGGGCUGGAGGCGCUCGCCGCCGGACUGGCAAAGCCGCAGUGCGCCUUGCAAGUUCUCGAGCUCGAGUGGUGCAACCUGAGCAAGAAAAGCUGCGAGGCGCUGGCCUCCGUUCUAAGCUCGCCCUGCAGCCUGAGGGAGCUGGAGCUCAGCGACAACGACUUGGGUGACGACGGGCUGGAGGCGCUCGCCGCCGGACUGGCAAAGCCGCAGUGCGCCUUGCAAGUCCUCAAGCUCCGGGAGUGCAACCUGAGAAAGAAAAGCUGCGAGGCGCUGGCCUCCGUUCUAAGCUCGCCCUGCAGCCUGAGUGAGCUGGAUCUCAGCGACAACGACUUGGGUGACGACGGGCUGGAGGCGCUCGCCGCCGGACUGGCAAAGCCGCAGUGCGCCUUGCAAGUUCUCGAGCUCAAGAAAUGCAACCUGAGCAAGAAAAGCUGCGAGGCGCUGGCCUCCGUUCUAAGCUCGCCCGGCAGCCUGAGGGAGCUGGAUCUCAGCGACAACGACUUGGGUGACGACGGGCUGGAGGCGCUCGCCGCCGGACUGGCAAAGCCGCACUGCACCUUGCAAGUCCUCAAGCUCAAGAAAUGCAAGCUGAGCAAGAAAAGCUGCGAGGCACUGGCCUCCGUUCUAAGCUCGCCCAGCAGCCUGAGGGAGCUGGAUCUUGGCUACAACAACUUGGGUGACGACGGGCUGGAGGCGCUCGCCGCCGGACUGGCAAAGCCGCAGUGCGCCUUGCAAGUCCUCGGGCUCCGGGAAUGCAACCUGAGCAAGAAAAGCUGCGAGGCGCUGGCCUCCGUUCUAAGCUCGCCCGGCAGCCUGAGCGAGCUGGAUCUCAGCUGGAACUACUUUGGUGACGACGGGCUGGAGGCGCUCGCCGCCGGACUGGCAAAGCCGCAGUGCACCUUGCAAGUUCUCAGGCUCAAGUGGUGCGAGCUGAGCAAGAAAAGCUGCGAGGCGCUGGCCUCCGUUCUAAGCUCGCCCGGCAGCCUGAGGAAGCUGAAUCUCAGCCGGAAUGACUUGGGUGAUGAUGGGGUGGAGGCGCUCGCCGCCGGACUGGCAAAGCCGCAGUGCAUCUUGCAAGUUCUCAGGCUCAAGAAAUGCAACCUGAGCAAGAAAAGCUGCGGGGUGCUGGCCAAGGCUCUCCAGUCCAACCCCUCCCACCUCCGAGAGCUGAAGCUCAACAGCAAUGACAUUGCAGCGGAAGAAAGGCAGGUCUUGGCAGAGGUCCAAAAGGAUCCUUGCUGCAGUGUGAAGCUCGAGUGGACUCUUUGGAUCUGAUUGAAGAAUCUUCUGGACAGACAGAGGGAAAUGUCUUGCCGAAUAAUAAAAAUAUAUGCAUGGAAGGCAGUAUUAUUGACUGAGAAUGUGCCGAAAGUGCGUAGAAUGUGAAAAGAAGACACAACGAGCCAUCAUUGACAUCGCCCGGUGUGCGUGCUGAGCUGUGAUGAGGAGAAAGAAAGCGUCACGGGACGUUGGGUGUUGUUUACUUACUAUGUAUAUUGUGUACUAUGUCUUGUCACCGUGGGAACGUCAUUUCCAUCUCUUUGUGUGUCUUGGCGUGUGAAGAAAUUGACAAUCAAGCAGACUUUGACUUUGAUAACGCAUCAUUUUCACCACUUUCUCAGUUGUGUGUGCUGUGCCCCUUGAUUGGCUCCUAAUUUCAUUCUUGUGGAGCAACGCACCACGGGAGAAAAGCCACAUAUUUCGUCCUGUCGGGAUCGGAGUCUUUACUUACAAAAGCACAUCAUAAAAUAAAGAUUGAUAUUAAAAAACA